AUGGCGGGACAGCGAAGGUGUAGAGCCCGCUCCGACUUCUAUUUCGGGUCCCUCCUGCUCGCGUUGGCGUUGUCACUUGCUUCUUUUCUCGGUGGGGAAGCCUUCGCUGUGCUCCCUAGCGCUAGCGCGGUGGCUCGUGCAAGCGCGUUGACGAAGAACGCGGCGAUCGCUACCGGCGGUGUCGACAACAGGCGGGGCGGCAGAGUUGGGAGACGUAGCCGAGGGGGAGGUUGGAUGGGUUCUUCGGUAGGGGCUUCCGCAGCCGAGGCCUCAGCAGCAGAAGCGAUGUCCGGUACCGCCGCGGCGCCGCCGCCAGGGUCUGAAACGACACCAGACGCGCCGACGGGGGCGGAGAGAUCGAGCCCUACCCCCGACACGCCGAGAACGCUAGGAGGCGUGGCCGAGGAAGGGUUUUCAGGCACGCGGCGGGGUUUCCAAGUCCAAAAGGAGUACGCCGUGCCGGAGGAGGCCCCGACGAAUCUGCCCGAGGGAGAGGACGAAGGGUACCCGAUGCUCAUCUACCAGUUCAUGCAUGCCCAGUACCGAGACGACUUCCCUAGCGUAUCAAGCGCCAGGAAAGCUGUGCGGAGAAAAGAGCUGCUGCUCAACGGGACCGAGGUCCGGAACGAUUCGAAGGUCAACCCCGGGGACACUGUGACGAUGCAGAAACGGACUCAGCCGGGACUGUUCCCGCAAGGGAAGCCUUCCUGCACUCUGCCGAUCUUGUGGGAGGACGACUUCAUUGCGGUCAUCAUCAAGCCCGCAGGGGUCGCGGUGCACGGGGGCACCGGGGAAGACGACCCGGGGCCCGGUGGAAGGAGGAGCGUGAGACAAGCUCUCCCCUACAUGCUCACGCCCACCAAGAGCGAGGACCGCCCGCUGCACCGCCCGCUACACUGCCACAGGCUCGACAAGGCCACCGGGGGGCUGUUGAUCUGCGCCAAGACGCGGCCUGCGCUCAGCGCUGUCGGCGACGCAUUUGAGCAACGGCUGGUGUCGAAGCGGUACGUAGCCCUCGUUGCCGGGGAGCUGGAAGGGAGCGGCGCGAUCGUCACUCCCCUGGACGGAAAAGCCUGUCUCACGAACUACCGCGUGAGGGGACCUCCCGUGAGGUCGCUCAAGACCUCGGUAAUCACUACGGUCGAUCUCUGGCCGGUCACAGGACGGCUGCACCAGCUCAGAAGGCACUUGUUGAGCAUAGGCUGUCCGAUUCUGGGUGACAGGCGCUACACGCCUGAUGAGGUUCCCUUUCAGGAAGGCGGCAUGUAUCUGCAGGCGGUCGGACUGACGUUCCCGCAUCCCAUCACCGGCGAGGAGAUGAACUUUUCCAUACCAGAGCCAGCCAAGUUCGAAAAAUGGCGAGAAAAGGAGCACCAAAGAUGGCUGCUGCACGAUACUGGCAGCGGUAGCACUGGCGACGGCGAUGUGUCCGCCGGCGCGGAUGGCGCAGAUGCACAAGGCGGCGAGGAGAAGAAAAAGGCAUCUGUAAACGCCGUGCCAAAAGUGGAGGGCUUGCAAAUGGAAGAGCGAGACGGGUUCAGGUAUUAUCAGUAUGAUUGGAGCGUGGUGGGAGGCAAACCCACCGCGCUGUCCACAGACGACAUCGACACUGCCUUGGACGGCGCUCCGUAG